CAGUAGUUUUUAAGAGGACAGAGCCGCUUAGUCCCAGCCAUGAGGAAAAUCAGUUGCUUAGGGCAUGGAGCUGAAGAACUAUGAGCAGCCUGUGGUUCUGAGAGAGGACAACCUCCGCCGGCGCCGGAGGAUGAAGCCACGCAGCGCGGCAGCCAGCCUGUCCUCGAUGGAGCUCAUCCCCAUUGAGUUCGUGCUGCCCACCAGCCAGCGCAUCAGCAAAACUCCAGAAACAGCACUGCUGCACGUGGCUGGCCACGGCAACGUGGAGCAAAUGAAAGCCCAGGUCUGGCUGCGUGCACUGGAGACCAGCGUGGCCGCCGAAUUCUACCACCGGUUGGGCCCAGACCACUUCCUCCUGCUCUACCAGAAGAAGGGGCAGUGGUAUGAGAUCUACGACAGGUACCAAGUGGUGCAGACCCUAGACUGCUUGCGCUACUGGAAAAUGAUGCAUAAGAGCCCUGGUCAGAUCCACGUGGUACAGCGACACACACCUUCUGAGGAGACCCUAGCUUUCCAAAAGCAGCUUACCUCCCUGAUUGGCUACGACGUCACUGACGUCAGCAACGUGCAUGAUGAUGAGCUAGAGUUCACCCGCCGCCGUCUGGUCACGCCUCGCAUGGCAGAGGUGGCUGGCCGUGAUGCCAGACUCUAUGCUAUGCACCCUUGGGUGACGUCCAAGCCUCUCCCAGACUACCUGUCAAGGAAGAUUGCCAACAAUUGCAUCUUCAUUGUCAUCCACCGGAGCACCACCAGUCAAACCAUCAAGGUCUCCGCGGAUGAUACACCCGGCGCCAUCCUUCAGAGCUUCUUCACCAAGAUGGCCAAGAAGAAGUCCCUAUUGAAUAUCCCAGAAAGUCAGAGUGAGCAGGACUUUGUGCUGCGGGUCUGUGGCCGCGAUGAGUACCUGGUUGGCGAAACGCCCCUUAAAAACUUCCAGUGGGUGAGGCAAUGCCUCAAGAACGGAGACGAAAUACACCUGGUGCUCGACACGCCUCCAGACCCAGCCCUAGACGAGGUGAGGAAGGAAGACUGGCCACUGGUGGAUGACUGCACGGGAGUCACCGGCUACCACGAGCAGCUCACCAUCCACGGCAAGGACCACGAGAGUGUGUUCACGGUGUCUUUGUGGGACUGUGACCGAAAGUUCAGGGUCAAGAUUAGAGGCAUUGACAUCCCUGUCCUACCCCGGAACACCGACCUCACUGUGUUUGUGGAAGCCAACAUCCAACAUGGACAACAAGUCCUUUGCCAAAGGAGAACCAGCCCUAAGCCCUUCACGGAGGAAGUGCUCUGGAAUGUGUGGUUGGAAUUCGGCAUCAAAAUCAAAGACUUGCCCAAAGGGGCCCUGUUGAACCUUCAGAUCUACUGCUGCAAAACGCCAGCACUGUCCAGCAAGGCAUCUUCAGAGACGCCAGGCUUGGAGUCCAAGAGCAAAGCCCAGCUUCUCUAUUAUGUGAAUUUACUGCUAAUAGACCACCGGUUCCUGCUCCGCCAUGGUGACUAUGUCCUCCACAUGUGGCAGAUAUCUGGGAAGGCGGAGGAACAAGGCAGCUUCAAUGCUGACAAGCUCACGUCUGCGACCAACCCUGACAAGGAGAACUCAAUGUCCAUCUCCAUCCUGCUGGACAACUACUGUCAUCCCAUAGCCCUGCCUAAGCAUCAGCCCACCCCCGACCCGGAAGGAGAUAGAGUCCGAGCUGAAAUGCCCAAUCAGCUUCGCAAGCAACUGGAGGCGAUCAUAGCCACCGAUCCACUUAACCCCCUCACAGCUGAGGACAAAGAACUGCUGUGGCAUUUUAGAUAUGAAAGCCUGAAGCAUCCGAAGGCAUACCCUAAGCUAUUCAGUUCUGUGAAAUGGGGACAGCAAGAAAUUGUGGCCAAAACAUACCAGCUGUUAGCUAGAAGGGAAGUGUGGGAUCAAAGUGCUUUGGACGUUGGUUUAACCAUGCAGCUCCUGGACUGCAAUUUUUCAGAUGAAAACGUAAGAGCCAUUGCAGUUCAGAAACUGGAGAGCCUGGAGGACGAUGAUGUUUUGCAUUACCUUCUCCAGCUGGUGCAGGCUGUGAAAUUUGAACCAUACCAUGACAGUGCUCUGGCCCGAUUCCUGCUGAAGCGCGGUUUGAGAAACAAAAGAAUUGGCCACUUCUUGUUCUGGUUCCUGCGAAGUGAGAUAGCCCAGUCCAGACACUAUCAGCAGAGGUUCGCCGUGAUCCUGGAAGCUUACCUGCGGGGAUGCGGCAUGGCCAUGCUGCAGGACUUCACGCAGCAGGUCCAAGUGAUCGAGAUGCUACAAAAAGUGACCAUUGAUAUCAAAUCACUCUCUGCUGAAAAGUAUGAUGUCAGCUCCCAAGUUAUUUCACAGCUCAAGCAAAAGCUUGAAAACCUGCAGAAUUCCAGUCUUCCCAAGAGCUUCAGAGUUCCCUAUGAUCCUGGACUGAAAGCUGGUACCCUGGUGAUUGAAAAAUGCAAAGUGAUGGCCUCCAAGAAAAAGCCCCUGUGGCUGGAGUUUAAAUGUGCUGACCCCACGGUCCUAUCCAAUGAAACCAUCGGGAUCAUCUUUAAACAUGGCGAUGAUCUUCGACAAGACAUGUUGAUCUUACAGAUUCUACGCAUCAUGGAGUCCAUUUGGGAGACGGAAUCCCUGGACCUGUGCCUUCUGCCAUAUGGCUGCAUCUCAACUGGUGACAAAAUAGGGAUGAUCGAGAUUGUGAAAGAUGCCACAACAAUCGCUCAAAUUCAGCAAAGCACAGUGGGUAACACAGGGGCAUUCAAAGAUGAAGUCCUGAAUCACUGGCUCAAGGAAAAAUGCCCUAUUGAAGAGAAGUUUCAGGCAGCAGUGGAGAGGUUUGUUUACUCUUGUGCCGGCUACUGUGUGGCGACGUUUGUUCUCGGGAUAGGUGACAGACACAACGACAACAUUAUGAUCUCAGAGACAGGAAACCUAUUUCACAUAGACUUUGGACACAUUCUUGGGAAUUACAAAAGUUUCCUGGGCAUUAAUAAAGAGAGAGUGCCAUUUGUCCUAACCCCAGACUUCCUGUUUGUGAUGGGAACUUCUGGAAAGAAGACAAGCCCACACUUCCAGAAAUUUCAGGAUGUCUGUGUCAGGGCUUAUCUGGCUCUUCGCCAUCACACCAACCUGCUGAUCAUCCUCUUCUCCAUGAUGCUGAUGACAGGAAUGCCCCAGUUAACAAGCAAAGAAGACAUUGAGUAUAUCCGAGACGCCCUCACAGUGGGGAAGAACGAGGAGGAUGCUAAGAAGUAUUUCCUCGACCAGAUUGAAGUUUGCAGAGACAAAGGAUGGACGGUGCAGUUUAACUGGUUCCUACAUCUCGUUCUUGGCAUCAAACAAGGAGAGAAACACUCUGCUUAAUAUUCGGCGCUAGAGCCAAAAGCAAUUUUGUGUUCAAAAGCCUUGAAAUCAUCAUGUGUCAGUCAUCAGACUUAGCUUUAAAAUGCAAUAGGACAUGCUGAACCCUGGCACUUCAAGAAAUAGUUUUUUCCCCAGUUGAACUCUUCUCCAGAGGAAAAAACGUUGGCAUUAAUGAUGGUUUGGUAAUAUUCAGCGCGAGACGUUUUUGCUAUUUUCCCCUCUCAGACGCCAUAAUGUUGAUGACCAUUCUAAGUUAAAAAUAGACGGAUGGCUUGCUUAUUACAACUGAUGCUCUCGCAUUGAGUGUCUCUGGAGGUGCUUUAGUAGAAUAAUUGGUGAUACCUGUUGUCACAUGUGUUUACUAUACAUUUUGGCUUUCAUGUGGUCUUUAAGAACAGAAAAGGGUGUACGCAUUGCUAAGCUCCGCUGCAUGCUUUACAAUUUGUCUCUGGGCAUCCCCUCUGUGCCCACAGACGUUGGUGAUGUGCUGGAAACAAGCACGAUAGCCUUUUGAGUGCCUUUAGCAAUUAGUCUCUCUGUGUGCAGCUGAGAUGCACACAUGCUGAAAGCAAGCUCUGAGCCUGAGCCUUGACCCUCCCCUGCUGGUGUGGCCCCAGGGUUAUGGAUAUGAAAAAUGAAGGUAAGACCUUUUCCCCAGAGUGAAUAACCUAAUACAGUCGGUGUCAUUGUCUCUGGCACAGAAACAGGAAGUGGCUAAAUGGAGCCUUUGAUGCUC